AUGUAUAUAGCAAAACAUGCGGCACUGUGUCACGUCCCCAAGUGCCCGGUGGGAGCUGCUGCGGCAGCCCCACCUCCAGAGUCAACAGACUCAGAGACUGACGGAGUACCAAGUAACAGGCCUAUACCCGAAUCGGUAGGCGUGGCCUGCCCCGAUUGCGGCGAAAGGUACUCCGGCCGCGGUGCACUAACACAGCACCAGCGGCACCGGCAUCCACUCACCCGAAACGAAGCUAGGGCAGCGGGUACACGGCGGUCUCCUCGACAAAGAAGAUUGGUUAUCUUUACUGAAGAGGAGGAACAAAUAAUGAUGGAGUGCGAACUCCGGUACCGGGGUGAGUUGCGUAUAGCAAUGCGCAUGCGGGAGUUGAUACCAGAGAAAACUUUGAAACAACUCCGGGACAAAAGGGCCCAAAAAUGCUACAAAGAACGGCGUGAAAGGUACCUCGCAGAAAGAGGGAUCACAGCGAGCGCUAGUACUGAUGAUGACAGUACAGAACCAGUAUCCACAGACACAGGGGAUGGUAGAGCUACCGUCCCCCAAGAAGAAGCGCCCGAAACCAACAGCUGCGAGGAAGCGGGAGUAGGGGGUGGCUCCCCUAUCCCAGUCCCGGAGCUACUCGACGUAUCAGCAGUAGCUGCCAUUGCAGGGGGUGAAAAUAACGUUAAUAAUAUCACCCCCACCGCCGAAAACAUAAGUCCGACUCAGACGCCUGACAUGUCAGAGAGGGUACUGAAUGUCAGUGUAGAUGAGUUGGUAUCGCCAGCAGCUUCUCCAGAAGAGACACUUUGGAGACAGGAUGUUGCUCAGACUGCCCGUAGCUGCAAGUUGACUCGAGCGGCACAGCAACAUCUGGAGGUGAACACGGUCACCCAGCUGCUUAGAAAUGCAAUCUCCGAGGCUUGCGAUUUGCCUAUGGGGCAGCCCCAAUCGCAAAUAGAUACUUUACAUGAUAGAGUCACCGCUCUCUUCGUCAGCGAGGAGCGGGGAGUUGCAGGGCGACGAAAGGGAAGGCGUAGAGGACAAAAUAAGAGGGGUAACAGACGGUACCUCUACGCCCGUACCCAGGAUAUUUACAAAAAAGAGCCAGGCAUUCUUGCCAAGCACGUCCGUAACAACGUGGACUGGCUGGAGGAACCAGGGGUAAAAGCUCCAGCCCAAGACGUGCGGGACCUGUACAAAAAGCUUUGGGGCACAAAUCCGUCGGAAGUACAGGUGCCCUUCCUGGGAGAGCCCUCCGAACCGGCACUUGGGUUAGGUACUGUGCUAACCGCCGUGACGGUGAAAGAGGUGAACACGCGUCUCUCUCGGAUGAAAAUGUCCACAGCACCGGGUCCCGAUGGUAUUAAAAAGGGAGACAUUAAACGCGUUCCUGGUGCAAACGAAGUCCUCCAGUUAUUUUUCAAUUUAAUCAUGAUAAGCGGUAAGAUUCCUACCGCCUGGAGGAAGAACCGAACUACUUUGAUCCCUAAAGAGGGUAAGGACGGUAUGUUAGCUGAAAGCUACCGUCCAAUUACAAUCUCUUCUUUAAUGUCGAGAAUUUACUUUGGCAUUAUUGACAGCAAACUUAGGGCAAAAGCACGGUUCUCACCCAGACAAAAGGGCUUCAUGAACGAAUCUGGGUGCUUCAACAACAUCCACAUCCUCAAUGAGCUGCUGAGGCACUCAAAAGCCAAGAAUGGCCUGGUCGUAACGCAGCUGGACGUGUCCAAAGCAUUUGAUACUGUGCCGCACCAAGCUAUAGGACACGCGUUACGUCGCAAAGGUUUUCCCGAACAGGUGGUACGUAUCGUGGAAAAUGCAUAUGAGGAUGUAACUACUAUUAUAGAACUUAAUCAGGCGCCAAUCGAGAUACGCCUCCAGCGGGGGGUCAAGCAAGGUGACCCCCUCAGCCCAUUACUAUUCAAUCUAGUUUUGGAGCCCUUGCUAGAUAAGCUGGAAACGAGACCUGGGUACAAAAUCGACACAGAGACGCAGAUAUCGUCCUUAGCAUUUGCCGACGAUCUGCUCCUAGUCGCGCAAACAGUACCACAUGCUAAGGACCAGUUAAGUAGCACGGAAGCAUACCUAUCGAGUCUAGGUAUGAAGAUUGCUGCCAAUAAAUGCCGCACCUUCCGUGUAAACCGUACCAAAGACUCCUGGUACUUAACUGACCCAGGCCUCGAACUCGACAGUGGAGAAGUGAUACCGGUAGCGGGGGCCGGCGAUCACCUUGUCUACCUUGGAUGCAAGUUGUCUCCCUGGGUUGGGGUCACAACCGAGGGCAUACGAGCCGACCUUGCUUCAACUCUUAGUCGUGUGCAACGACUAAAGUUGAAACCGCAUCAAAAGAUAGACUUAAUCUCUACUUACAUUGUUCCUCAUUACCUGUAUCAGUUGUCCAUAGCGAUGCCGGCUAUGACACAGAUAAAACUGAUGGACCAGGAGCUACGGGUAGUGGUGAAGAAUAUUCUUCACCUGCCGCAGGCAACAACGAACGCCUUAUUAUACUGCGGUAAGAGGGACGGGGGACUUGCGAUCCCGAGGUUGGAGUGGCUCGCCACCUCAUCAGCCCUAAAAGCCGGCUUAAAGUUCGUGGACAACCCCGACCCGGCAAUGCAAGCUCUUGCCACGGGCACUAAGCUCGAGAGUAGAGUGAGGCGACUCGCUCUCGAUGCCCGGAUAGCUUGGCCAGUUACUGGGGAGCAACUGACCAGCUAUACUAGAACGCAAAAGAAGGCUGAGCUUGCCAGAUGGAAGCGCCUUGGUUCUCAAGGAAAGUCGGCAGCGGCCUUCGCCGACUCCAGGAUCGGAAACGCAUGGCUUAGGGACCCCUCGUUGCUCAAGCCAUGUCGUAUGAUUACAGCCCUCAAGAUGAGAACCAACUCAUGUGCUGACAGGGCGGCCAUGAGCAGAACGACCAGAAUACCGGAUCCUACAUGCAGGCAAUGUGGUUCGCAAAUUGAGACAUUGGGACACAUAUUGGGGCAAUGUCGUCACACGAAACCACAUAGGAUUCGAAGGCACGAUGAGAUCAAAAACCUCAUCGUGGAAGAACUUAAAAAGAAAGGCCCAGAGGUGGCAAUAACGGUUGAACCGACGGUGGCGGCAACCGGAGGCGGGAAUCUCAAACCUGACCUGGUAAUACAAAGCCGGGGAAGGGUCUUCGUGGUCGAUGUUACAGUCCGCCACGAAGACGGGAAUAAUCUCGCUCAAGGGUUUACAAGCAAAGUAGAAAAAUAUAGCCGCUUGCUACCUCAAUUCCAGCAGAGGUGGGCAGCUUGCUCUGCUGAAGUCCUACCAGUCGUGGUAGGAACAAGAGGGGCGAUGCCCAGGGAGACCAUCAAAAAUCUAACUAAGUUAGGAAUCUCUCAAAAUCAUGUGCUUUUAACAAUGUCGUUAAUAGCACUUCGUAGUUCCAUCGAAAUAUACCAUGAAUUCAUGGACUACGACGCCCCUCGGACGCGCCGCGGCGCGCAACCCCACAGGUGA